GCGUCGCUCCCUGCCGCUGAGUGGCCGCUUCCCUCCGGUGGGUUUUCCGCGGGGCGCCGGGGAGGCGGGGCCCGGGGGCCAAGAUGGAGUUGGUGCAGGUCCUGAGGCGCGGGCUGCAGCAGGUCAGCGGCCACGGCGGCCUCCGCGGCUACCUACGGGUUCUCUUCAGGGCAAACGAUGUGAGAGUUGGAACCUUAGUAGGGGAGGACAAAUACGGAAACAAAUACUAUGAAGACAACAAGCAGUUUUUUGGCCGUCACCGGUGGGUUAUAUAUACUACUGAGAUGAAUGGCAGAGACACCUUCUGGGAUGUAGAUGGAAGCAUGGUGCCCCCGGAAUGGCAUCGUUGGCUUCACUGUAUGACUGAUGAUCCUCCAACAACAAAACCACCUACUGCUCGUAAAUACAUUUGGACAAACCAUAAAUUCAACGUGAGUGGCACUCCACAGCAGUACGUACCCUAUUCCACCACUAGAAAGAAGAUUCAGGAGUGGGUCCCACCUUCAACACCUUACAAGUAAAGAGAAUGAAAAACAAUUUAAAGAUGUAAAAUAAGAGGCUUUUCCUAUAAUUGCGCCUUCAUUACUUACUGUUACCUUGAUUAAAAUUAUUUGAUUAA